AUGCCGAAAGCAAAAUCUGAUGAGAGAUUGGUGGAUGCGAACAUUCGUCGGAAAGCUGUUUUGACAAGUUUGGCUGACGUUGAGAAAUUUAUUAAGGAUUUCCAGCCCGAAUGUGACGCAGGACGCCUUCAAGUUCGGCAGGACUUGGUUGAUCGAAUCUACGAGCAAUUCCAGAAAUCACAAUCUGUGUUGGAGAAAUGGGAUGGACCAGAUCGUUUAGAAAUGCACCUGGCAGAGCGAUCAACGAUCGAGGAACGGUUUUGCGAGGUAAAGGCGUUUCUACUGAAUAUGUUGGAAGCUAGAGCGGCAAGUACUGUGCCAGUUGUGGCAUCAAUUCCUUCCACUGCGCCUGUGUUUCAUUUACGGUUACCAAAAAUCGACCUACCUAAAUUUGAUGGUGAUUUUUCACGGUGGCUAUCGUUUCGCGAUACUUUUAAAUCCAUGGUGCACAUGAAUGCGGAUGUUCCACCAGUAGCAAAAUUGCAGUAUCUUCUACAAUCUCUAGAAGGUGAGGCCAAAAAACCUUUUGAAAGCGUAAACGUUGAGGCAGACAAUUAUAUGACCUCUUGGGAAUCUUUAAUUAAGCGAUACGACAACCAACGAUAUUUGAAACGACAACUGUUUAAAGCUCUGUACGACCUUCCAUCGCUGAAAAGAGAAUCUCCAAAAGACCUCCACACAUUAACCGAUGACUUUGAGCGCCAUGUGAAGGCUAUGGGUAAACUUGGUGAACCUAUUGGGUACUGGGACACCCCACUGGUAAAUUUAUUAAGUUACAAAUUGGAUCCCACGACGCUCCGUGCUUGGGAAGAAAAAACUAGUGACAGUAGAGAUGUCUCUUAUAAAGAACUUGUUGAUUUUCUCUACUCGAGAGCAAUGAUGUUGAGAACCAUUGUAGCUGAAGAACCACGCAGCAAUUUUCCGGCAGCUACUAAAGUUAGCGGGUUUCAACCAAGAAAACCGUACAAUUUGGUGGCCGCUACUGUAUCCGAUCCACCGGUGUGCAUAGCGUGUUCAGAAAAACAUUUUUUGUUCCGGUGUAAUAAGUUUGCGAGUUUGACUUCGAGUAAGCGUCGAGAACUGGUGACACUUCACCGUUUAUGUUGGAACUGUUUUCACUUUGGCCACUUGGCAAGAAAUUGUACAUCGCAGUACACUUGUCGGUUUUGCAACGAAAAACACCAUUCACUGCUGCAUCGUGAAGCUCGAAGGAACACUAGUAUCAGUCCACCACCUAAACGUAGAUCUUUAUCCGCCCCUCAUCCCUCGGCCACCAUACCUGUCGUGGAUAAUGAACAGCCAUCUACUUCUGGUCAACAAGUGAGCAUGACAGUACAAGCCGAAAAAAACACAGUUUUGUUAGAGACUGUAGUAUUAUUAGUGUUGGACGGGAAUGGAAAGGAGUACCCUGCUCGAGCGUUACUUGAUUCGGCCAGUAUGUGUAGCUUCAUGACGAAGAAGUUAGCCAACGCCCUCGAUCUUCGACGGACUACCGUCGAUAUUGCUGUUUCUGGAAUCGGUGAAUCAUCCAAGCAGGUCAAAUGCCAACUGACUGCUAGAAUUCGAUCCAAGUUAACUAACUAUUCCACAACGUUAGAGUUUUUAAUCUUAAAAAAACCAACUGUUUGCUUACCAACUGUACCGAUUGAUGUAUCUGCAUGGAAUAUUCCUGAUGUUGAUUUGGCUGACCCACUGUUCUUUAUUCCCGCUGAUGUUGAUCUGGUUAUCGGUGGAGAAGCCUAUCACGAACUUCAUGGUGGCAGCAAAAUCUCUCUUGGUAAUGGUCUUCCUAUUCUCGUCGAAACAGUCUUCGGGUGGACUGUAUCCGGAUCAGCACCUAUGAAUCAAUCCAAAGUUCCUUGUUCGUGUCAUUUGACAACUGUUGAUCGUGACUUAGAGAAAGCCAUCCAAAGGUUCUGGGAGCUCGAUUCCGUCUCUCCGUGCCAAACCUUAUCCGCCGAAGAAGCCAAGUGUGAAGAAGUUUUUAGUGCUACCACCACCCGCGAUUCGUCCGGUCGUUUCGUUGUAAGACUACCACUUACUAAAGAUCCCUUAAGAUGUGUUGGUGAAUCCAGAUCAAUAGCCGAACGCCGUUUCCGAAGUUUGGAAAGAAGGUUGCAGCGAGAUCCAUCUACCCGUGAAGCAUACCAUAACUUCAUGGAUGAAUACGAGCGUUUGGGUCACAUGAUUAAGCUGACAGAGCCAAUUGACGACACAGUUCCACAUUGCUAUCUACCACAUCAUCCAGUUUUUAAAGAGUCGAGUACCACAACCAAGGUCCGAGUGGUUUUCGACGCAUCUUGUAAAACGACAACUGGGUUUUCGAUCAAUGAUAUGCAGUUACUGCACUUGGACGACUGUCCUUACCAACGUGUUCUGUGGCGCUCGAAUUCAGAGGAGUCCAUCGCAACAUAUGAAUUACAAACAGUUACAUACGGUUUUGCAUCUGCACCUUUCUUAGCCACACGAGUACUACAAAAAUUGGCAGAAGAAGAGAAGCACAAGUAUCCUGUUGCUGCAGAAGUGUUCAAGAAUGACUUUUACAUGGAUGAUUGUCUCGCUGGGGCUGAGACCAUUCAGGCGGCCAUUCGGUUUCGCCAGGAAGCAUCCGCACUUGCUGCUUCUGCUGGUUUCCCAUUAAAAAAAUGGGCAUCUAAUAUUCCAGAUGCACUUGUUGGUGUUCCCUUCGAAGAUUUGGCUGUAUCUUCCUUCCACAGUUUGAAAGAUGAUCAAGCUGUCUCCACACUCGGGCUUGUUUGGGAAACAAGGACCGAUAUUCUACGAUUCCGAGUUCAACUACCUUUACCAACACCUGUACUUACCAAACGCCAAAUCAUGUCGUAUAUUGCACAAAUUUUUGAUCCGUUGGGUUUAGUAGGGCCAAUCAUUACCGUUGCAAAGCUGUUUAUGCAAAGAUUAUGGGCGCUUAGAAUAGAGACCGGAGAAUCCUAUGAGUGGGAUCGACCUCUUCCUUCUUCUUAUCAAACUGAUUGGAAAGAAUUUCAUGGUGUCCUAGACGUGAUUUCCACUAUAGAAGUUCCACGCUAUGUAUCGCAAACAAAUGCAACUUCUUUUCAGCUGCAUUUUUUCUCUGAUGCUUCAGAGAAGGCAUAUGGAAGUUGCUGCUAUGUCCGCUCCGAAUGCAAAGGAGUUAUUCGCGUUGUCCUGUUGACGUCUAAAUCUAAGGUCGCCCCGUUAUCAAGUCACCAUAGCAUUGCUCGCCUUGAACUCUGUGGAGCAGUGCUAUCUACAAACUUAUAUGAAAAGGUCAGCCAUGCACUCAAGAUACCUGCAGAAGCGUUUUUUUGGACCGAUUCUUCGACGGUCCUUCAGUGGCUGCAAUCACCGCCUAACCGCUGGAAGACAUUCGUUGCCAAUAGGGUUUCCAAAAUACAGAAUUCAACCAACGUGAAAUCUUGGAUGCAUGUUCGGGGAGAUUGUAACCCUGCUGAUAUACUUUCGCGCGGGAUAAACCCACCAGAGAUCAUCAAUCACCCUCUUUGGUGGACUGGAACACCAUGGCUUUUAUCUCCACCAUCGCAAUGGCCGCGUACCGAGCUCCCUGCAAUCCCGAUAACCGUAACUAGUGAGGAAAGGGUCCCUUCUGUUGCACUUGCCGCUGCUGUUGAAGUUCAGGAAUUCGCCGAUUACGUGUUUAGUUUGUAUUCCGACUAUCCGAAACUGCGGCGCAUGAUCGCCUAUUGUAUGAGAUAUUUCCGUGCGCUGAAAGCUGUGUCAAGAAAUACGAAGAUCGAACCACUUCAAGCCCUUGGCACCAACGAUUUGAAAGAAGCAGAGCUUGCCUUGUGUCGACUUGCCCAAAGGCAAUCCUUUCCCGAAGAACUGGCUAGUCUAGAAUCAACCAGUCGUUUACCAACAUCAUCCUUACUCAAGUACAUACGUUUGAAACUCGACGUCGACGGUAUCAUACGCCUUAGAGGAGUAUUAAGCAACGCUAUCGUGCCAGAUGCAAUGAAGCAUCAAGUGGUUUUGCUCGCCAAACACCCCUUUUCACAUCUGUUGGCCAAAUACUAUCAUCGGAAUUUGUUACAUGCCGGUCCACAACUUAUGCUCGCCACGAUCCGUCAAAAGUAUUGGAUUGUAGGAGGACGCAAUCUCGUGCGCCGCAUAUUCCAUGAGUGCCACAGGUGUUUUCGUAGCAAGCCUCAGAUGAUUCAACAAAGUAUUGCCGAUUUGCCAACUUCCCGUGUGGCUCCUCGCAGACCGUUUACGGUCUGUGGUGUAGACUACUGUGGCCCAGUCUAUCUUAAAUCUGCUGUCCGGAACAGGGGGCCGACGAAAGCAUAUGUGUGUAUUUUCGUAUGCUUCACCACCCGUGCCGUUCACAUUGAACUAGUGUCCGAUCUAUCAACGCCAGCCUUUAUCGCAGCUCUUCGUCGCUUCGCAGCACGUCGUAAUUUUCCCCACGAAAUUCACAGCGACAAUGGUACGACAUUUCGGGGUGCAAAUAAUGAGUUGCAUAGGAUUUAUCAGAUGCUGAAAACUACACAGGGAGGGCGUCAAAAUAUUCUUGAUUGGUGUGCCGAGUCUGGAGUUACCUGGCAUUUUAUUCCUCCUCGUUCCCCUCACUUCGGUGGUCUGUGGGAAGCUGCUGUAAAAUCCGCCAAAUACCACCUGUUACGAGAAAUUGGUCAAACCAAUAUCACUUAUGAAGAUAUGACGACUCUGUUAUCCGAGAUUGAGAUGUGUCUCAACUCCCGACCGCUUAUACCACUACCAUCCGAAUCUGACGAUUUGGAAGCUUUGACGCCUGGCCAUUUUCUGAUUGGAGAAAGCCUUCGUGCACCACCCGAGGAAGAUGUAGUACAAGUUCCCGAUAAUCAAUUAACGCACUGGGAACUAACGCAGAAACGUUUCCAGCGAAUUUGGCGUAGAUGGUAUCCGGAAUACCUGCAGCAACUCCAAGCCCGCGCAACCAAGCAUCGCAAACCAUCGACUGUCAUAAAACCUAACCAAAUGGUGAUCAUACAAGAUGAUUUGCUUCCUCCGGCACAAUGGCCACUUGGAAUCAUCACAGAUGUUCAUCCAGGAAAAGACGGAGUCGUACGAGUGGUUACUCUACGCACCGCCAAGAGAGACGGCAUAUCUCGAUGCGUCAAUAAACUUGCUUUACUACCCAUGCCGGAACCAGAAACAGAACAAAAUGAAGCAGCCGUUGAAUCGCUCCAAACAACUGUUCGACAGAAGUAG